AUGGGGAGAAACCAAGGCUGGUGUUUGUUUGUGGCGGCGGCUGUGGUCGCAGCAUUGUUACCAUCAUCAACCAUGGCGGGUCGUCUGGAGCUAAAGAACGAAAUCUCGGGGGUGACUGGUGUCCGGAAAUUGAAGCUGGCCGUGCGGUGCUGGUCGAACGAGGACGACCUAGGGUGGGAUACGCUAAAGCCAAUGCAAUCACGGGUAUGGAAGUUCACGACAAUGAACAUGUGGCCUUUCCAGAAAACCGAGUUCCGGUGCCAGUUUCGUAGCGGGUUUGGAACAACGAGCCAAGACGUUGUGACAGUGUUCUCUGUCCAGAGCGGGUUCCGGAAAGAGUGUGGAGACGGAGGCGACGAGUGCAUUUGGGUAGCGAAGAGAGAUGGUUUCUAUCAGAGAAGGGUCGCAAGGGAUGAGAAUGGUCGUAAGAGCUUUGUUGAUAUACUCAAAAGCAAAUGGGUUUGGAAAUGGUGA